UUGCUUUCCCUUCGCCCAACCGGCCCUUCCCGACGGCGCGGGGGGCUUCCCGGGUCUCCCCGCAGGCGACCCCCGGGGAGGCGGGCAACGCGCAGCGCAGAGUCUAGCCAGGCCGGCGGACGGGCGCCUCCUUGGCGAGCCCGGGUCUCCAAGGGAAAAGGACGCGCUCCUCGGACAGCUGGAUGUGCGAGGUCGGGACGCGCCCGGCGCUGGCCGCUGGCGACCGAGGGGGCGAGGAGACCCCGCCGGCCAGCGCGCUGUCGCCGCCCAGCUUCGGGGCUGGAGACAAGUGCCGGGAGAUGGGAGAACAGCCCAUCUUCACCACGAGAGCACAUGUCUUUCAAAUUGACCCUACCACCAAGAAGAACUGGGUCCCUGCAAGCAAACAAGCUGUUACGGUUUCCUACUUCUAUGAUGGCACAAGGAACAGCUAUCGAAUAAUCAGUGUGGAUGGAACCAAGGUGAUUAUAAACAGCACCAUCACACCUAACAUGACUUUCACAAAAACAUCCCAGAAGUUUGGCCAGUGGGCUGAUAGCAGAGCCAACACCGUCUUCGGCCUGGGUUUUUCUUCUGAACAGCAGCUGACAAAGUUUGCUGAGAAGUUCCAGGAGGUGAAAGAAGCCGCUCGACUCGCCAGAGACCGGUCGCAAGAAAAAAUGGAAACUUCCAGUAACCAUUCGCAAGAAUCGGGCCGUGAAACUCCAUGUUCUACUCGAACAUCUAGUGUGAAUGGAACGGAUGAGGAAAAAACCUCCCACGGGGGGCCCAGCGAUGCGCAGCUAAAAAUGGAAAACGACAAACUCAGGAUUGCCCUUGCCCAGAGUACCUCCAAUGUGAAGAAAUGGGAAAUGGAACUGCAGACAUUAAGGGAGAGCAACGCCAGGCUCACGACAGCUCUCCAGGAAUCGGCAGCCAGCAUAGAACACUGGAAAAAGCAGUUUUCCAUUAGCAAAGACGAAAACGACCAGCUGCAGAGUAAGAUCGCGGAAUUGGAAGAACAGUGCAACGAAAUCGAUAAGGAACGUGACCGGAACGCACAGCUUAGCAGGCGUCUUCAGGAUCUGGAAACGGAACUUCAGGAUAAGGAGUUGGAAUUGGAAGAUCUACGGAAACAGGGUGAAAUUAUACCUCAGCUCAUGACAGAAUGUGAAACGGUUUCUCAGAAAUUGCAGGCGGCUGAGAAAAGGAAUAAAGACCUGGAAGAGAAAGUCCGAGCUUUACGGACGGAAGUAGAAGAGAGCAAACACCGGCAGAAUAACUUGAAGACGGAGUUACAAACUUUUUUAGAUGUACUCGACGGAAAGAUAGAUGAAUUGCAGGAUUUUCGGCAAGGACUCUCGAAACUGGGUGUCGACAAUUAAGGGGACAGCCAUUUUUCCCCACCCCCAAAAUAUUUGGCGUGUAUGUGUGUGUGUGUGUGUGUACUUGUUCUAAACCUAGGUAUAUGUUUCUACAAAACGUGAAACGAUGGUUGUUCUUCCUUAACAAUGUGAUUUGUACAUAGAGGCUAAAGAUUUUUUUUCCCACUUCUUUUUUUUUUUCCAUUCUAAA